CAGACGACGAUCAUGCUUCCUAGUCCUCCCUUGAACACGGUACUUUCGUUCACAAUGGCAUUUGCUUCCUGUUCAUCAAUGUCUCAGAUCACAGCUGGGUACUUGAACCAUGGAAAAGGAGAGCAACAUUCCGGUGACCUGCCAACGGGAUGGAAUUCGCAUACCUUUGCACCAUGCCUCGCUCGUGGGGAGCUCCAAGAGCUAUGAUGGCGUGGGACUGGAAGCCAACUGAGAGCGAAUGGGUAUUUCUACCAAUGGUUCCCCAUGUAUAUCCUCACUUUGUUUUUCUUUUUCAGCCUGUUGCGCCGAGUCGCUACAUCAGAGAUACAAAAUGCUUUACUCAC